AUGAAGAAAAUACUUCCUAUGAAGAGUACUUCAUUGUGGGAAAACGUUUAAAUCACUUCUAACUUCAAAGCGGGAGAAAAGUAUGAAGGAACAAUCCAUCUGAAUCCCUCAGCAUCUCACACACAGAACACAAAAUGGCUCUUCAGAAGAAGACUCUUGCUGGUGUAUUGGAGGAGUGGUGUUUGGAGGAAGCGCUGUUCGCUUGCAGACGGCACCAGAACGUUAGGAAAAAACUGAGACUGGUACGAGUUAUAGGGCUUCUUGUCGGUGUAGUGGCCAUUAGUACUUUCUCUCUUUCAGUUAGUGCCUUUUUCAAGAUGGAACCACAUAGCAUGGCGUUGGCCAGCAGCCUAGAUAGCCAAAAGCUGGUGCGUGGGCAUCAGAGAACUCUGUUGGAUUUCAUGGAACAGUAUGAAGAUGACACUCCAGACCCACACACUUCUAUGAAAUAUGAAGCUGAGCAUGACAAUGCAACAGAUGAUCAUAUCAAGGGAGAGUACCCCAAGGACAUUUUCUCUCUUGAGGAGAGAAGAAAGGGAGCAGUGAUCCUCCAUGUAAUUGGAAUGAUUUACAUGUUCAUAGCCUUAGCCAUAGUCUGCGAUGAAUUCUUUGUUCCUUCCUUGACUGUCAUCACUGAAAAACUGACCAUCUCUGAUGAUGUGGCAGGGGCAACCUUCAUGGCUGCUGGUGGGUCAGCCCCAGAACUCUUCACUUCAUUAAUAGGAGUGUUUAUAUCCCACAGCAAUGUCGGCAUUGGUACAAUAGUGGGAUCUGCCGUGUUCAAUAUCUUGUUUGUUAUUGGAAUGUGUGCUUUAUUUUCUAGAGAGAUCUUGAACCUUACUUGGUGGCCACUCUUUCGAGAUGUGUCCUUUUACAUCGUUGACUUGAUCUUGCUAAUCAUCUUUUUUCUGGAUAACUUAAUCAUGUGGUGGGAAAGCUUAACGCUCCUGACAGCGUAUUUUUGUUAUGUGACUUUCAUGAAGUUCAAUGUUCAAGUAGAAGAAUGGGUGAAGAAAUUUUUAAACAGGAACAAGGUUGAGAAGGUAACAACAGCAGAUGCGGAAGGAAAG